UAAGAACAGAAUAUAUUGAUACGAGCUAUGGCUUGGCCGGCUUUGUAGUCAUUUUAUUUUAGUCUCAAUACAAAUCAUCGCUACAUUUCUCUCACACAUUCAUGGCCGAUGAUAGUAGUGAUCAGAGAAGUCUCUUCAGUGGCAAAACUGGUGUCUUACUAAUUGCCAUGGGUUUAGCUAGUUUUUUGGUCACAGUUUAUCAUCUCAUAUUCCUUUGCUGCCACCAUGCCCGCCGUAUAAGGCGUCUAGAACUAGCCGCCGCCGCCGCUGCCGCCACACUAACAGCGGACACUAGAGAGGGUAACACCCCGAUUUCAGACCUGAUUCCGGCUCACAAGUAUGUGAGGAAGAAUGGUGUGGUGGAUGGUGAUGAAGAUGAUGGAACUUGUGCUGUGUGCUUGGGAGACUUUGAAGAGGGUGAGGAGUUGAGGACAUUGCCCUUGUGCAUGCACUCUUUCCACGUACCAUGCAUUGAUAUGUGGCUCCAUUCACAUUCCACCUGUCCGGUUUGCCGGACCAAUGCAACGCCAUCGCCAGCAGUGGCCCACCAGCUGCCAGAGAUUGCUCCAAGUGAGGUGAAUACACAUCAGAGCAUAGAUAUGACACCCAUAGCUCUUGCACAGAUUGGAUUUGGGCGAUGAAAUAUUGAUGUUAAAUACAAAAAAAACCAGUAACACUAUUGUAUUAUGAGUCUUCAUGUAUAUCCAUAGUAAGAAAUGUCAGAUUAAAUUUGACAUUUUCAAGUGGACCAAACUUAGUAUGAAGGAAGGAUCUUCAACAUUAUUUUCUUACUCAUUCUCUCUCUCUCUCUCUCUCUCUCUCUCUUUAUCAUCCCUCACUAUAAUGGUUGACAUCCUUCAGAGACACUUUGUAAACCCAGAGGAUGUAAAAAGUCUUACUAAAAUAUAUCAAUAUUAGCCUUGAAAUUAAUGAGCUUCAAUUUGAGUUACUAAGUUAAGUACUGGCAAUAUGAAUGAGACACAAGGAAUUUAUUUUUCCCAGAGGGCAAUGCCCAUCCCCAAAUUUGAAUUUUCAAAAUUUGGAGCUUCACUCACCAAAAAAUAAAAUCUCAGCACAAAACACAUC